UGGCAUACUACUAAAAAUCUCUCUUAAUUUUCCUUCUCCUCUAAUUCAUCCAAGAAACAUAGAGAGGGAUAUAUAGGGCUGGAUUUAUCAAUCGAAGUAGAAGAUAGUAUACCUUACUAUUCUCGAUCAUUUUUUUAUCCAAAUGGUGACUAGUGAUGAUGCUCACAAUAAUCGUCGUCCACAAUAUUUACAAGAUUUUCUUCUAAUUAAAGAUGAUGACAAAUUCUUUUCAAGACUUUUGUCUAAGGAAAAUUCCAAUAAAGGUGAGUCUUCUUUUAGGUUUUAUUACUAUGGAGGAUCUUCUUCAUCUAGUUCAGUUCCAUUUCAUUGGGAAUCUGAACCAGGUACCCCUAAACAUAAAUUUGCAAAUUCAACCUUAUUCAAUCCUCCACUUACUCCUCCACCUUCUUAUAAUAAUAAUAAUAAUCAAUCCAUUAAUGCACAUUUAAAUUCUUUGCAAAAACUACGAUCAACUAAAUCUAAGUUUUAUCGCUCAAUUUUUUCCAAGAGAAUCACUUCUUCGCAAUCAAUUGCUAACCUAUCUCCUUCCUCCUCUCGUUCGUCAUCAUUCUCUGUGUCUUCCAUGCCAUUAUUCACGUAUAGUUCCAACUUAACGAACAUUAAGAGUAAUGCCCACGUGGCAAUUGCUAAUUCGCCAACUUCUACACAUAGGUGCUUUGGUUCGAGACAUGAGAAUAAACCCAAGCGCUUUCGAGUUAGCUACUAUUAUAUGAGGAAAACAAAGAAACUAUUAUUGUCCUUUGUUGGAAUUCUUGCUUCAAGGAAUAUAAAGUGAUAGACUGUUAGUUUCAUGAAUGGUCAUUCAAUUUUUAUUUUAUUGUACUAAAGUUACUAAACUAUU